AUGCCGCAGCACUCUGAAAACUGCCCGGCUGAGAAACAUGUCGGCACCGCAAACCUGGAAACCUUUAACAUUCGUCAACUGACAACCUGCCGUCGAGUUCUCCAUGCACACGCACUGGACACAGCAGAUAUCGAGCCGUUCACCGCUUGGGUAACCAGUGCAAUGCGAUCGCAGUCCCCCUCAACACCUCGAGCAUCAGUUGAAUCCAGAACUGAUGUAUCACUGAAAUUCACACUGGGUAGCCUCUUAGAUUUCAAAGAUUUAAGGGACGAAAACGAACAGUGCGACCAUGAACUCUCAGGGGCAGUGGUUGUGCAUCGUGACUGGUGGUUCACAGCACACGCACAUUUCAUAUAUGAACAUUUACCUGUUAUAGCAUGGCUUCGGUCAGUGCUGAGUUCGGUGUUGUCGAGUGGCCUUGCUUCCACAAAAGCUUUACUUUUAGAUGAUAUUUCGUCCAACAGAGAAUUCAUGGAAUUCUUUGACGCUGAGUUUGCAGCAAGGAUACUUUGGGUCAAACGCGACUCUACUGUUUGUAUACGAGGUACGAUUUUUUACCCAGUCUACAAACAUGAUUUCUUUGAUUUUAAGGGUAACUCUGAAAGUAAAUACGAAACAGCCAAUUGGACGCCCAAUAGUCUUGAAGGACGACCAACUGGAGCACCUCGUGCCUUCGGACACCCCAUUUUCAUCGAAUUGGCAAGAAAUUGGAUCCUGGAACGCUCUGAGGCUCUGAACUUGACGCAGAACGAGUCCGUUGCAUUGUACUAUGUUCGCGGUGCUUCAGCAGGAAACGGUCGCAAGAUGAACGAACAAAAUGAGCAGCAACUUGUCCAUUCUCUAACGACAAAGCUGAAAGCGUGCGGACGUCCAGAAAAGGUGGUGGUAUAUGAUGGGCAACAUGAAGACGGUGCACCGAUGUCUCAAAAGGAACAGUUCCUCUUAUUCCGCUCCGCUUCAUUGUUCGUUGGACCUCAUGGGGGCGCUUUCGCUAUGAUUUUGUUUAUGCCACACUUGCGUAAUGACGAAAUUACUAGUUGUCUGUCCCGCCCGCAGGUUGUCGAGUACAUCGCUGGUCCUCGAAGUGCGCAGGUACAGUGGGCAUUCGCUUCAUACUACUCUCUAUACUUUGCACCUUCAUGGGUUGAAUAUCACAUCAUUCAGUUCACGAGUAACUCAACUGCGUCAGAAACGUAUGUGGACAUGGAUGAGUGGGAAGUAGCAUCGCGUGCGAUCUUCGCAAGUCAUAAGUGUCCCUCAACUAAGGCUGAAGAAGAGAUUGCUAAAACUCUAUAA